UGGAGGGACAGGCACGUGGAAAGCGGGCAAAGGGUGGAGUUUAACGUGGGAUGAAGGAGUACUUUAUAAACAGAACUCGCUGUUCAUCAAAGAAAAUCUGGAGGAGAGGAGGGAACAAACGCUUAUUUUUCUGAAAGAAAUGCCGUGGUCUGAAUCUGGAGGAGGGAUUUAACUAGCUGCGCCCUCGGGAUCCUUGCCUUGCCCAGGCAAACCCGCAGAGGCUCCUGCUUUCCUCUAGCCACAAUAGAUCCAGAAGCAUGCAAUCAUUGGCUUUGAUUAAAGAGGUGGGUGGUGUGGGCGGGAGGCGAUGCGAGCCGCUAUGGUGCGAAGAGGCGGUGCCUAGCCCAGGCAAGAAACCAAUCAGCGAUGACUCUGGCUUCUUGCAGGCUCCUCAGCAACUCUGCAGCGCUGGAGACAGGAUGCUGGCAGCCUGCUCCCGUGCCGCAGGGGCCCAGGCGAUGCGCCUCUGGGGCUUUUGCAGACCCCUGGCUCGCACUGCCUAGCGCUUCUGUUGGGACCCUUGCCGGAGUAAAUCCAGAACCGUGAUUGCCAGUGGCCCUUUGGAGGCAUAAGCACCAAGUUGGCAGACAACCCACAAACCCACGACGAAGCCUUCGGUCUCCCCAUAAGUCAUAUAAUAUUCUGAUCGUUGGAAAACUUCAACUGCGGUGGUAGGUUCCAGAGGGACGGACACUUGGCACCACUCCCUCCCAGUGACACUAGGUGGAUGAAACCCAGGGAUCCUGAGCUGGGAAGCGCUAAAGAAACUCUGCACCCUUCCGAGUGCAGCUGGUUUGGGGGGAGCAAGGUGGGCCCGGCAGAAUCCUCUGGCGGAAGGGGGAAGAGGCGCAGGAUGCAGGAAGAUUGCUGUGCAACUGCACAAACACAGACCCGGUCCAAGGAGUUCUGCCAGGGACACCACAACCUGCAUUGCGUCGGACCUGACCAUCCCCAAUGUGAAAUUCCCAGGGAAGGUCGCGCACAGCUAGGGGCCGUGCGUGGGCGGGGCUGCGGGUCACCGGGGAAGUAGAGUUGGUGGUCGCUUUGGAGGUGAGUGGGUGGGGGAAGAGGUUGUGUUGGCAAGGUUGGGAACUGAAUGACAAGCCACCCCCUCUUAUUUUCCAUCUACCUCCUAGCUCCUACCCUCCCCCGCCCUCCCCAACCCACGCCCGGGUGGGCCAAUCGCUGCUCCGCAUUCCAGGCGCUUUCUCAGGUUUCUGCUGAUCUUGCAGUGCCCAGAAAUGGACCGAGAGGACCCGCGGCCGCACGCUCCCUGCCCCACUCCGCGCUCCUGAAGGUUCCCGGAGCGCCGCGGAGCCUCGGAGAGGUCCGCGCUGGGGCGCGGAGAGCCAUGUAGAGCCAAGCUUUCUGCCGCUGGUCGCCCUCGGGAUCGAAUCCAGGGCUCCCGCAGUGUUAGGAGGGGGAGAGAGUGCUGUUUAUCGCCAUUUGCCUGGGCGAUUCAGGAGAGGCUGGCCUUUUUUUGUGGUUGCCUUUCCGCCCCGUAUCCUCCGGAACUCCCAGCACUGGAGAGAGAGGACCGCCGCGUCUCCAGGUUGCCGGCAGCGGGUGAGGAUGGGGGUAGGGGACGGACCUUUCCUCCGUAGCUGCUCAGUACAAAGAUCGUCCCUCUGAGCGAGGAAGGACGCGGACGGCGAGUGGCGCCUCUCGGAUGCUGCUGCGGUGGUGGCCUCUGCUCCUUCCCCGGUACCGUAAAGACGACCUGCCGCAUUCCGACUCUGGCUCUCGGUGGACUCAGCAUUAACCCCUGCGCCAAACCGGCUGGCCAGCGUCCAUCGAUCGCCCCGGUGGGAGCGUAGAAGGCGGCAGGCGAAGAGGGGUAGGAGGGGGGAGAGCCAAGAAGCGGCAGAGGGGGUGACAGGCGUGGGGAUCUGCUGAACUGGCACUGCACCGGGUCCUAAGUGGAUUCCACGAGGGGAGGGGAGCCAGGGCGAAUCCCUGAGCGAUGGCCCGUGUGCCUUAAGGCAAUCGGAACAGGAAGAAAAAAAAAAAAAAAAAAAAGCCACCCGCCCAGGCAAAAACAGAGCAAACCCCCAAAUCCAACCCUCACAGAAACUCUGCACUGGGUCCUCAGACAAGAGAGAGAUUCCAAAUUGAGUAGAAGGCAGGUGAGAACUAAGUCGCAGAUCUCCAUACCCGCUGGCUUUGAAGCCCCUCCCCCUGAGCGUGGGGGAGAAGCACUCUCCGGUGGGGGGGGCGCUUGGGUCCCCCCCACCCCUUCUCCCUCUCUCCUUCGCACUCUGGGCUGUCUUCUGGCCUCCCACCCCUGCGCCCGGCUUCCAUCAUGACUGUGAUGUCCGGGGAGAACGCGGAUGAGGCUUCGGCCGCUCCGGGCCACCCGCAGGAUGGCAGCUACCCGAGGCAGGCAGAGCACGAGGAUCAUGAGUGCUGUGAACGCGUGGUGAUCAACAUCUCCGGGCUGCGCUUCGAGACGCAGCUCAAGACCCUGGCACAGUUCCCCAACACGCUGCUGGGCAACCCUAAGAAACGCAUGCGCUACUUCGACCCUCUGAGGAACGAAUACUUCUUCGAUCGCAACCGGCCCAGCUUCGAUGCCAUCCUCUACUACUACCAAUCCGGGGGCCGCCUGCGGAGGCCAGUCAACGUGCCCCUGGACAUGUUUUCCGAGGAGAUUAAAUUUUAUGAGUUGGGCGAAGAGGCGAUGGAGAAGUUCAGGGAGGAUGAAGGUUUCAUCAAGGAAGAAGAGCGCCCCCUACCGGAGAAGGAGUACCAGCGCCAGGUGUGGCUGCUCUUUGAGUACCCAGAGAGUUCAGGGCCAGCCCGGGUCAUCGCUAUCGUGUCCGUCAUGGUCAUCCUCAUCUCCAUCGUCAUCUUUUGCCUGGAGACUCUCCCCGAGCUGAAGGAUGACAAGGACUUCACGGGUACCAUUCACCGCAUCGACAACACCACUGUCAUCUACACUUCCAACAUCUUCACGGACCCCUUCUUCAUCGUGGAAACCUUGUGCAUCAUUUGGUUCUCCUUUGAGCUGGUGGUGCGCUUCUUCGCCUGCCCCAGCAAGACGGACUUCUUUAAAAACAUCAUGAACUUCAUUGACAUCGUGGCCAUCAUCCCUUAUUUCAUCACCCUAGGUACGGAGAUAGCUGAGCAGGAGGGAAAUCAGAAGGGGGAGCAGGCCACUUCCCUGGCCAUCCUCAGGGUCAUCCGCUUGGUAAGGGUGUUUAGAAUCUUCAAACUCUCCCGCCACUCCAAGGGCCUGCAGAUCCUGGGCCAGACCCUCAAGGCCAGUAUGAGGGAGUUAGGGCUUCUCAUUUUUUUCCUCUUCAUUGGGGUCAUACUAUUUUCUAGUGCAGUGUACUUUGCCGAGGCGGAAGAAGCUGAGUCGCACUUCUCCAGUAUCCCUGAUGCUUUCUGGUGGGCGGUGGUGUCCAUGACCACUGUAGGAUACGGUGACAUGUACCCUGUGACAAUUGGAGGCAAGAUCGUGGGCUCCUUGUGUGCCAUCGCUGGUGUGCUGACAAUUGCCCUGCCCGUACCUGUCAUUGUGUCCAAUUUCAACUAUUUCUACCACCGAGAAACUGAGGGGGAAGAGCAGGCUCAGUUGCUCCACGUUAGUUCCCCUAACUUAGCCUCUGACAGUGACCUCAGCCGCCGCAGUUCCUCCACCAUCAGCAAGUCUGAGUACAUGGAGAUUGAAGAGGAUUUGAACAAUAGCAUAGCCCAUUAUAGACAGGCCAAUAUCAGAACUGGGAACUGCACCACGGCUAAUCAAAACUGCGUUAAUAAGAGCAAGCUACUGACUGAUGUUUAAAAAAGAAGCAAGCAAGCAAACAAAAAGCCCCAUUUAGCAGCUUGAAAGACUGAAAAACAAAAACAAAAACCCUGGUGACUCAAGUCACACUUUGUAGAUAUUCCACUAAGUAGUCUUUGAAUGUUGUGUUUAACUGUCAAUGCAUUGUUGCAUUGUGAAUUUUGGGAGUGGCAAACCAGAAGCUUUCAAGACCCAUGAACAAAACAACAGCUAUUUUCGUUUUAUUAAAAAAUGGGAAAGAAAGAGUAUUUUCUAAAACUGGCUUAAAAUGCCAUCCAUUAAGUAGUCUAUGUG